AUGAAUUCCAUACCCACAGGGUUACAAAAAAAGCCCAGGGUGCUGAGCCUAGGUACUACCAAACACCUGGGCGAAGACUUCAUCGCAGAGUUCCAACGGGAAUUUGAUUUAUCGGUACUAGAGAUCUGCCCCCGAGGUCAAUUAAAGAGCCGACUGGAAGAUGACAUCAAAGAACAUGGUCCAGUGGACGGAUUUAUCAUCGGGCCAAAUAGCAUACCGUAUUAUCCGUUUGAUGAAGAGGUUCUCUCGCCGCUGGUACCGGGUUGUAAAAUAAUAGCGAGUCUUACCUCUGGCUACAAUAUGUUUGCUGUAGAAUGGAUCGCAAAGCAGGGGAUGUGGCUCACGAAUACCCUCGAUGCUGUUGCAGAGCCCACGGCAGACAUGGCUAUGUUCUUAUUGCUGGCAGUCUUUAGAAAUACAACGAAUGCAGAACAGAGCGCAAGAGCGGGGACCUGGAGAAACAACCUGAAUCCAACUCAUGAUCCAUCGGGAUGUACCUUGGGCAUCGUAGGGCUUGGAACCAUUGGAAAGUAUCUGGCUAAAAAGGCCGCUGCAUUUAACCUCAAGGUCAUAUAUCAUAAUCGAACUCAACUGUCUGCGGACAUUGAGUCUGAGUAUGGAGUGACAUAUUACGCCUCAUUGCACGAGAUGCUUGCAGCCUCUGAUGCAGUCUCCAUCUGCUGUCCACUGACGGAACGGACCAAGGGUUUAAUAGGACCAAAGGAAUUUGCAGUGAUGAAAGACGGUGCUUAUCUAGUCAACACAGCUCGCGGACCGAUCGUGGAUGAAAAGAGUCUGAUAGAAGCUCUUGAAAGCGGGAAGAUAGCCAGAGCAGGUCUUGACGUUUUCAACGAAGAGCCGGACUUCAACCCGUAUUUCAAGACCAGUGAUAAGGUUAUAAUUCAGCCGCAUCUUGCAGGUUUGACCGACGCAGCUGUUCGAAGAGCAGGCCGGGAAAGCUUUGAGAAUGUGCGUGCUCUAUUUCGGGCGGGAAGGCCAAUCUCUCCUGUCGUUGAUAUACAACUUAAUGUUGGAUAG